AUGUGUCUUGUUACAUCUUCUACAGCUGUUUAUCCUAUUGCUCAAGGUACAGGUAUAAAAGUUGGUGUUGCAUCAACAAUGGUCCUUUGGUCAACAAUCUUAUUCGUUCCAUUCAUGAUCUUAUGGAAUUUCGUACUUGAUAAGAUGAACUUGUUCAAGGAAUAA